UUGUUGAUUAUGCCUCAAGAUCUUAGAGGUUCAGCCAUUGAAGCUUUCUGGACUGGUACCUCCUUCCUGCUCAACAAAACGGCAUCCCAGCAUACAUUUUGGUCUUUAUCGGAAACUUUUGGUCGCAAGCAUCUUGCCAUACUUUCGCCUGGCUCUGCUGGUGGAGGUAUCAUCAGCUUAGCCAAGAACAUCAUUGCCGAUCUCGUACCUUUACACGAGCGAGGGACAUCGUUUGGUUUUCAAAGCGCCGUAUGGACUACUGGAUCAGUUACCGAUCCAGUAAUAGAUGGUGAUUUUGUGGAGGCUGCUUCCUGGACUUAG